CGUUACACGCUGCUGCCCUUUCUGGCCAUGUCAGCACAGUGAAAUUGCUGUUGGAACAUAAUGCACAGGUAGAUGCUUUGGAUGUUAUGAAACAUACCCCGCUUUUCCGAGCCUGUGAGAUGGGACACAAAGAAGUGAUACAAACACUCAUUAAAGGAGGAGCAAGAGUAGAUUUGGUUGACCAAGAUGGCCAUUCGCCCCUUCACUGGGCAGCCCUGGGAGGAAAUGCUGACGUGUGCCAAAUCUUGAUAGAAAAUAAAAUCAACCCUAAUGUGCAGGAUUAUGCAGGUAGAACACCUCUGCAGUGUGCUGCUUAUGGAGGUUACAUUAACUGCAUGGUAGUGUUACUGGAAAACAAUGCAGAUCCAAAUAUUCAGGAUAAAGAGGGAAGAACUGCUUUGCACUGGCUCUGCAACAAUGGCUACCUUGAUGCUAUAAAGUUGCUGCUUGGUUUUGAUGCUUUCCCGAAUCAUAUGGAGAACAGCGAGGAGAGAUAUACUCCACUUGAUUAUGCUUUGCUUGGUGAACACCAUGAAGUGAUUCAGUUCAUGUUAGAACAUGGGGCUCUGUCUAUAGCCGCCAUACAGGACAUUGCUGCUUUCAAAAUUCAGGCUGUCUACAAAGGAUACAAAGUUAGAAAGGCUUUUCAAGAGAGGAAGAAUCUUUUAAUGAAACAUGAACAACUGAGAAAAGAUGCUGCUGCCAA